CCAAGUAACACAAGGCGUACUUGAUGGCUUUUUAAACUAAAAUGUAGUUGUGAAAACGUUUUGAUGACAUUUGUUUCGCUGUAUUCUGGCAUGCUGAAUUGCGGCACUCGGUUUUCGCCGUAAAGUAGCACGGGCAUGCCCUCUUUAGCUGGUUAAACUAAAACUUGGUUAUGAAAACGUUUAGAUAGCAGCCAAUAAAUAGCUGAAAUGUGGAAUCAUUUUUUCGUUGUGAGAAGGUGUUUACAACCACAUAAACAGACAAUUUGGCUUAGAGACACUAUAUAGCUAUUUGUAGCUCAUAAACAGUCAUAACCACUUAAAAGCUAUUUGGUUAUGAAGCUAUAUUUUGCUGUGUCCUAGAAAUCACAGCCACCUUAAAUACUAUUAUGCAGUUAAAUGGCAUUGAAAUCCAUUUUACUUUUCACAUGUACUAAUACAGCAGUUUUGGCUGCAAAACAUUUUCCAACACCUAACCUUUAAAUCUUUAAUAAUGAACAAAUUGAAAUUAUCAACCUCCGAUAUAAAAAAGUUAAAAAAGUUCAAGAUGAGUGGUACAUACCAUAGACAGAUCCAAAAAUCAGUGAAAUCAAAAUUAGCUACUUAUAAAACGAAAAAGUAUGAAAUAACUACUGUAGAUGAUACGGCUGAGUACACUUCGACAACCAAAAAAGCGACUGAAACUAUGGACAAUUUAGAUAAAAGCCAUUUCAUUAGUGAGGCUUUGUCGUCUCAACAGUUAGUCAAGGAUCUACCAAACCUGUUACAGAAUAAUUUAGAUAACGAUGAAGAAAUUGAAGAGCAUUAUCUAUUUAGUGAAGACAGUGAUACUGAUGAAUAUGAUGGUAGUAAUAUCUCCAAUGAAACAUUAAACGAAAAGUUAAGAAAUUGGGCUAUUUCAUUUAAUAUAUCACACAGUGCUGUAACAGCAUUAUUAGGCAUCUUGAAGCUACCUAAUUUACCAAAAUCUUCUCGAACUUUGUUGAGAACACCUAGAGAUGUAACAAUUAAAAAAAUGGGAAGUGGUAAUUAUUGGCACAAUGGAUUAGAAAAUUGUCUUCUACAUUAUUUACGAACUAGUGAUAAUUAUUUAAGUAAUUUGGAACUAAGCUUUAAUGUGGAUGGCUUACCCAUUUAUAAUAGCUCAAAAAUGGAGUUUUGGCCUAUUUUAUGUUCAAUAUCAAAUUUGCAACCCAUGGUUGUAGGCAUAUACUGUGGUACAACAAAACCACCAAGUGUCAAGGAGUUUAUGACACCUUUUGUUGAUGAACUAAAACAUCUUUUAAAAAAUGGCAUUUCUGUGAGCAAACAGCAUUGGACUAUCAGCAUUAGAUGUUUUAUUUGUGACACACCAGCUAGAGCGUUUGUGAAAGGUGUUGUUAAUUUCAACGCAUACAGUGGUUGUACAAGAUGUACUGUAGUUGGGGAAUAUAGUCACGAAUCCCAUCGGAUGAGUUUUCCUAGAACCGACUUGCCUAGAAGAACCAAUAACAGCUUUCGGGAAAGAACUGAUCCUGACCACCAUAAAGAAGAUAGUACACCUCUAGAAGAUUUACCAAUUGACAUGAUAAAAGACUUUCCUGUUGGAGAUUCGUUGCACCUACUUCAUUUGGGUAUUAUGAAAAGGUGUCUGAUUGGAUGGAGAGAGGGGAAAUUUAAAAAACAUUCAAAAUGGUCUGUGCAUGAUACUGAUUUAAUUACAAAUUUUCUUCAUCGCUGUAAAAUGCCCAAGGAAAUUCACAGAGCAGUGAGAGGCCUCGAUACUCUUGCAUUUUGGAAAGGGGUAGAAUUUAGAACUUUUUUAUUAUAUAUUGCACCCGUUAUUUUAAAAGAUUUUUUGCCAGUAGAUGUUUAUCAACACUUCUUAAUGCUUUUUGUUGCAAUAACAAUUUGUUCAAGUAGUAGAUAUUCAAAAUAUCUCAAAGUAGCUGAAUCAUUAUUAGAAAAAUAUAUAGACAAAUACAUAGAUAUAUAUGGACUUGAUUCGAUUACUAGUAACGUGCACAGUUUAUGUCACCUAGUAGACGAUGUGGAAAGAUUUGGUGAACUAGAAACCUUUAGCGCAUAUCAAUAUGAAAACAAGCUUUAUAAAAUUAAGCGUUUGCUACGAACCGGAAACAACCCACUGGCUCAAGCAGCUAAACGAAUUCAAGAAAUAGAAAUUUCCCAAAAUUGUGAUAAACAUAAAACUCCUAAUCCAUUUCCAAUUGUUAAGAAACAAAUUAAAUCAAAUCUGGACGAAUUGAAACAUCGUCUACCACAUUGUAAUGAAUUUUUUGCACAUAUAGAAGUAAAUGACAGUUUAAUGUUUAAUUAUGAAGAGAAAAAUAGGUGGUUUUUAACAAAAAAUCAAAUUGUCAAAAUGAAAUGUGCUACUAAAGUAGACAAUAACUGGUGUUUGUAUGGUAGCCCUUUAAGGAAAACUGAGGAUUUUUUUGAAACCCCUAUUAAGUCAAGUCGAUUGAACAUUUUUAUGUCGACAUGUGAAGAAGAACCUGCAGUACUGUUUCCAUUAGCAGACAUAGAAUGUAAAUUAGUGGCAAUUCAGUGUCAUGAUACAAAGGUUUUUAUUCCACUAAUUCACUCACUUAUAUAAAAAAACAUGAAUAAACAAAAAUUUGUUACUUUAAACUUAUUGCUAAUUAUGUUAUAGUUGUCUAAAUACCAAGAUCAUUGUUGUAUAUGAUAAUGGGCGCAUUUAAAAUCGUGUCAUCAUUGACUAUAGCGUUUACAUCUAUUUCUAUAUUAUCCAUAGGUUUGGUAGGAUGUACGUUUUUAUUGUUAUUUGCUCUAGUGGCACUGUUCUUUAGCACUCUUUUAAAAAAACUUUCAUUUUCUUCCAUGGUGUACCUGGAAAUUAGAUUUUAAAUAAAAAAAAUGCACAUAAGAAUAAAUACCUUGAAUCGGCCAUUUUUAUGACUUUAAAAAACAUUUGUAAUGUUUCCUUAUAUUGCAACAUCGAAAUCUUUUUUUUACCUUUGGUUUUUGUGGAACCGGUCCACGAGAUUUCCAUUAAGAAUUUUCUUUCAAAUAUGGCAUCUAGUACCAUAUACACUAUUUUAUUGAAAUUUUUUUUACCAUCAGUACCACCAAUGUCAGACAAUUUCUUAAUCUAUGAAAAAGAUUAUCAACUUCAUAAAUUUGUAAAUAUAUUGACUUACUAAUAACAUCUGAAAGUCUUUAUCUUGAAGUCUCUGUUCCACUUCGUUUAAUUUGACAGUAUCAUCAAUGGGAAACAAUCCUAAAUCAUUUAGUGUGUCAUCAGCACUUUCUAUGAGUGGUUCACGAUUGCUGCUCGCAGUAUUUGCAGCCAUUAAAUCCAAUAGUUUAUCAAAUUUAAUAUGAAGUCCUGCUACAGACUUGAGCAGUUCUUCUUGUUUUUUUUCUAAAUACUUCAGUUUUUCUUCUAUUGCUAAUAAAAAACCGAGUAAAAAACCUAAUAAAAAUUUUGUUUCUUUAAUUUGUACCUAAAGAAUGUAAUACAGGAUUUUCGACCUCAAGUUCCAAUGCUUUAUCCUCGGCUUUAUCACCAGGUAGAGAUUGCACAUUAUUAAUAUCUUGAACAGAGUUAAUUACUGUCAAUUCCAUGUUUGGAGUAUUGUGGGUGUUGUUAUUCAUCAGUUCAGGUUCCGGGUCAGGGUCGGCUUCAGUCAUUAAAUGAUUAAAAUCAUCUACUGCGAUGGUUUUCAUUACUGGAUGUAAUCUAUUAAUUGUCUUGCAUAAUCUGUAACUGAAACACAUCUAUUAUAAGUAUAAAAUAAUUGCUGUACAUUAUUAAUGAUGAGUUUGCAACAUUAAUUCGUAUUUUCAA